CCCGCAUCGCAUCGCAUAUCCCCAGUUUAAUCCAAGCAAUUCCUCUUUACCUACCUACUUCAGUCCUCACCCUCUACAUACAUACCCACAUUCUCUCUCUACUACAACACCAUCACCUAGAAAAAACACAAUGUCAACAACAACAACCACACCCUCCAAACGCAAAUCCUCCACCACAACAUCAUCCUCCUCCACCCCCAAAACCAUCCACUUCACCUCGCGCACACCAACAUGGACAUACCUGAAACUCCAAUUAAUAAAUAACCCCCCGACCACAUCCUCCACAUCCACACCCCUCGACCCCCUCACAGCCCGAACCUACCUCUCCGCCGCGCUCUCCCAAUUCCUCGGAUUAACGGGAACAACUAUCCCUAUUGAUAUACUCAAAAUAUCGCCGCCAUCUUCAUCUACCGGAAACAAAACAGGAGGAGGAGGAAGCGGGGGGUUAGGAAGCACAGUAUGGACACGCGUGCCGCGCGACGAUGCGGCGGCUGUUGUAGCGGCGUUGAGUUCGUGGAUUGGAGGGAGUGCGAAUACAUCAGGUGGUGGUGGUGGUGAUGUAGGAGGAGGAGGGGGAAGCGUGGCGUGGAGGGUAUGUGCGAAGGGGAAUUAUCUCGGGGCGUUGGUUAAUGGGGGUGGGGGGGAGGUGUUCAUUCCUUGA